AUCUGGGAGAAUCGCACAGGGGAGCUACGUUUCGUCCGGCUGGAGGCGAAGCAGAGGAGGGGCAGAUAUGGAAAAUGUUGGAUUGCGAAGCGAUGACCUUGGUUGAUCGCGGAAAACGCGGUAGCCAAAUUUACACUGUUAUGAGGUGUUAAGAGUGGGUGCAAAAUUGGUAUGGGUGCAUCACUUUUCAGAAAUUGCACCCGAAUGCCGCCGAUUCGAGAAUCGCAAACACUAGCCGCGACCUGCAAGAGCGCUGUCGUCGCAUGCCACCUCCUUCGUGGCCUUCUCUGUCCAUUUGUCGCCUCAUCAACGGCUUGAUUGUUUGUGACUUUGUGGCUAACGGCUUCGCAUGAGUUGGGAUAUUUCGUAGUGGACUAGUCGUGCAUGCGCUGGACUGGGGAGUAGCAUAUGAGCUAGAGAUUAAUCAAAUUUGGGCCACAGCACUAACAAUGAAAUUCUCAAAAAAUUAGGCCAUCCAUUCUUUUGGGCACUGUGCAAUAGAACAAAGGCACACGCGCUCAACUCCAAAGGACAGCGUUCAAGGUGGGACUAUUUCGGGAGAAUCAAGUUCAACAGAUUUUGUAUCCCAGCAAUUAUGCACAGCACUCCUUGUAUAAGGAAAAAAUAAGAAAAAAUGGACCAAAAUAAGAGGAGUAAUGAUUUGGUUGCAGUGAUGAAUCAUAAAUAAGUUGCAAGGGGUCAUUCCUUUUGGAUCCUGGAGAAUUGUCGUCGAUUUGACACAGAAUAAAAGAUGCAUUUUUUCCAUUCCAAGCUGAGGGUAUUGUGCUAUAGCACAUACAUCAUUCAUAGGAUGAUGACUAAGGAGACAAUAAGCUAUGCAAGAAGAAACACAUUGUUGGAGAUUGAGUCCACAGCUCAGACAUGGUGGAAAGAAGCCAAUGUUUUCAAAGCUGAUUCUUGUGAGGAGCCUCCUCAACUUAGGAAAAAGUUCUUUGGCAAUAUUCCUUUCCCUUAUAUGAAUGGUGUCUUACAUCUCGGACAUGGCUUCUCGAUUUCAAAGCUCGAAUUUGCAGCUGCAUACCAUAGACUUAAUGGUAUGAAUGUGUUGCUGCCAUUUGCUUUUCACUGCACUGGCAUGCCAAUCAAGGCAGCAGCUGAUAAAAUUGCAAGGGAAAUCCAACAGUAUGGUGAUCCUCCACUCUUUCCUAACAUAAAAGAGAAUAAUAGGCUCAAGUACCAGUGGGAGAUUAUGCAUGAUCUUGGCAUUCAAGACAAUGAAAUAUCAAAGUUUCAAGAUCCACAAAAAUGGUUGAGUUACUUUCCUCAUGUUGCCAUGGAUGAUCUUAAGGCCUUCGGGUUAGGUUGUGACUGGAGACGGUCCUUUGUUACUACAGAAAUAAACCCAUUUUUUGAUUCAUUUGUAAGGUGGCAAAUGAACAAGCUGAAAUCAAUGGGGAAGAUAGUUAAGGAAGCUCGGCAUACAAUAUACUCUCCUUUAGAUGGUCAACCAUGUGCAGACCAUGACAGAGCAAUAGGGGAAGGAGUUCAACCUCAGGAAUACACCCUCAUAAAGAUGGAGAUGGUGGCACCAUUCAAUUCUCCGAAGAUGAAAGCAGCUUUGGAGGGUAAAAAUGUAUUUUUGGCUGCCCUGACUUCGAGGCCCGAAACGAUGUAUGGGUUGACAAAUGCAUGGGUGUCACCCGAGGGUCGAUACGGAGCCUUUGAAAUCAAUGAUACUGAUGUUUUGGUGCUUUGCCAUCGAGCUGCUCUUAACCUUGCAUACCAGGGGCUAUCUAAAGUCCCCGAGCAGACCAGUUGCUUACUCGAGCUGACAGGAUAUGAUUUGAUUGGACUCCCUUUGAAAUUCCCAAUGUCAUUUCGCCAAAUUCUUUAUGUUCUUCCAAUGCCGGCAACAACGAACACCCAGAUUGUUGACAAGGGAACAGGAAUUCUAACCAGUGUACCUAGUGAUGUGCCCCUCGAUUACAUCUGGUUGCACAACUUGAAAAUGAAGCCUAAUCUUAGAAACAAGUAUGCCUUGAAAGAUGAAUGGGUGCUUCCGUUAGAGAUUACACCGAUCAUAUUUGUUGACGGGUUUGGUGAUGAAGCUGCUGCAGAGAAAGUUUGUAAGGAUAUGAAAAUUAUUAGUCAGAAUGAAAAGGUGAAGCUUGAAGAAGCAGCAAAACUAAUUGAUUCACUCGAGGGAAAGCUGCUUGUUGGGGAAUAUGCGGGAAAGCGAAUCAACAUAGUAAAGCCACUGAUCAGCAAAUCACUGAUUGAAACACAGCAAGCAAUUCUAUAUUACGAACCGGCGAGUCAAGUCAUAUCAAGAUCCGGUGAUGAAUGCAUUGUGGCUUUGACAGAGCAAUGGUUUAUCACAUAUGGUGAAGUUGAGUGGAAGAAAAUGGCCGAGGAAUGCUUGUUGAGCAUGAAAUUAUACUCUGACGAAGCUAGACACUGGUUUGAGCAUUCAUUAAGUUGGCUUAACAAAUGGGCAUGCUCACGAUCAUUUGGGCUUGGAACUCGGAUCCCUUGGGAUGAACAGUUUCUUGUGGAGUCACUUUCUGAUUCUUCUCUAUAUAUGGCUUACUACACUGUUUCUCAUCUUCUGCAUGGAGGUGAUAUUUAUGGUUCACGAUCGAACUCAUCCAUAAGACCCGAACAAAUGACAGGCGAUGUUUGGGACUUCGUUUUUAGUAGCGGUCCAUACCCUAAAUCCUCUGAUAUUCCUUCUUCAGUUCUCAAUCAGAUGAAACAAGAGUUUGAAUACUGGUAUCCUUUUGAUCUCAGGGUUUCAGGCAAGGAUCUUAUUCAAAAUCAUUUAAUGUUCUGCAUAUACAAUCACACGGCACUCUUGCCCAAGAACCAUUGGCCUCGUGGCUUCAGGUGCAAUGGUCACCUCAUGUUGAAUGCUAAGAAAAUGGCCAAGGGUAAUGGGAACUUCAUGACUUUGCGCGAUAGUCUUGGAGAGUACGGUGCUGAUGCCAUCAGAUUUGCUCUAGCUGAUGCUGGUGAUGGUCUUGAUGAUGCAAAUUUUUCGUCAAGUGUUGCCAAUGCUGCAGUUUUGCGGCUUACUAAAGAACUCUCAUGGAUCAAAGAGGUCAUGGAUACCACCGAGUCGUCUUUAAGGGUAGGAGGUAAAUAUACAUUUGCAGAUCGGGUUUUUAAUAAUGAGAUGAAUAUUGCAGUAAGAAAUACAAAAGUCAACUAUGAGCGUUACAUGUUCCGUGAGGCUCUGAAGACGGGGUUUUACAAUCUUCAAGCUUCGCGAGAUGAAUACAGAUUGAUGUGUGGUCCGACCAGGAUGAACCGUGAUCUCCUGUUGCGAUUUGUAGAUGUCCAAGUCCGUCUUAUCACACCUAUAUGUCCUCAUUUUGCUGAGUAUGUUUGGAGGACACUUUUAAAGAAAGAAGGGUUCGUAGUUAAAGCGUCGGGUUGGCCUAAAGCUGAAGAGCCAGAUUUAAAUCUUAAGUGGGCGAAUAAGUAUAUGCAGGAGUUGAUAUCCCGGAUAAGAAAAUUGCUUCGUAAAAAAAUGUCAAAGAAGGGAAGCAAUGCGGAGAAGUUGGGGGUGGUAGUUGUAGUGGUUGUGAAAGAGGAAUUUGAUGGAUGGAACGCAGAAUGCUUGAAAAUAUUGCGGGGCAAGUAUAAUAAGGAGAAAGGUUGUUUUGCACCCAAUAGAGAAAUAAUGAAUGCCUUGGAAAAGAGCUCUCUAUCUCAGCCUCUGGAGCUUUGCAUGCCUUUUAUAAGAUUCAAGCAAGAUGAGACUUCUGAAUUUGGCAUUGGAGCUUUGGAGUCGAAACUACCUUUUGAAGAGAUGAAGUUACUUGAAGAAAACUUAGAGCUAAUCAAGACACAAGCUGGCGUUGAAAAUAUGCAACUCUGCUCUGUAAAUGACCUAAAUGCUCUAACAGACAGAGCCAGUGACCUUGCAGAUUUAAAUCCUCCUUCUCCAGGAAAUCCUACUCCCAUAAUCAUGUUCAUGAAGGUGGAGCAACAGUUGACACUUUGACGUAGGGGUGAGCACAAAAAGGGAAAUCGAUGGAGACUGUCCCGAUACCAACCCGAAAAAUCUGUUUUCUAUCAUGCAAUAAAAUUGUAACAUUGGAUAAUUGUUUGUUGACGUUCAUAUUGGUUUGGUGUCUUUGAUUUAUCUUUAGAUAUAUAAGAGGUGCAAACUUCCAGGAAUGAUUAGAGGUUUUUUUUGGGUGAUAUAAUUAGAGGCUGGCUGCUUGAAAUUAGAUACUCAAAGUUGAUAAACCCUAUAUUUAUGUGUUAU